UUAAUGUUUUGCACACGAACAUUCUCCGUAAGCAUGGAAACCGUCGGUGAGGGCGAGGUGAUUCGCGACUUCGACUACUCCGUGCGUGUUAACCUGGCUAAUAGCUCGCUCUGCGGAGAUCAUCAGCGCUCCGUUGUGCUCAAACUCCGUUUAGAAAAGCCUGAUGGAUCCGAGCGGCAGGUGGUGCUGGAGUUAGACGACAAGCAGCUCACUCACCUCCUCAAGGACUUUGGACGUAUUCACCAAGAAGUACUGAAGCACUCGUAAUAAAAAAUCCAAAGAGCCCAUGUAUAUUCUCUA